AUGAGGCUGCAAGAAGAUGAUUUACUGGGCGAAGAUGAGGAGAUUGGUGAUGGUAGCGGCUAUGCAGCUGAAUGUAUUCGUGAGCCACAUUCUGAUAACGAGGACGCCGAUUAUGUUGUGAGUGAUCACGACACCAAUUCGGAAUGCUCCGAGACUGAAGAACUCCCGUUCUUCUUAACUUCUGUACUAUUCUUAGUAACUUGGACAAAAUACCAUGCCUUAGAAUGUCUAAGGCAUGGUAUGUUGUCCUUGGUUGAUCAGGAAUGUCCAGAUCAACCAAGUACAACGCAAAAAGAUGAUAAUUUACCGAGAGAUCGGCGCAAAUAUUGCUACACUUGCAAUCAUAAGAAAGACUGCUUAUCUUUGCACUGUCUGUAA